AAGCCGCCCGCCACCUUCAACGGGCCGUUGUCGCCCUCACGAAGACCUCUUGCACUUUCACUGCAAUUUUAAAUAUUUUUAUGUAUAUUUUAGUAUAUUUUACCUCUAGUUAUAAACGCACGUGGUUCUGAUAUUCAUCUAUAACAAAUAUCUUUAUAGGAUUAUCUGCAUCAUCACACAAUGUUUGAAAUGGAGUUGUUACUGUGAUGAGGCCUGGUCAAUGGAUCCUCAAAAGGAGAGAGGUUAUGGAUCACGACGAAAAUUCCUAGGAAGAUUUGCCGUUCGUGUUCGGUCACGUGAUGCUAUUAAGGAAGAUCACUCUUCCCCCAUCCGACCUGCAUGCAGUGAGACUGUGCAGGAUGAUACGUUUGGGGAUUCUUUCUGCAAUCUUGGUGUCUUGGAUGAUGUUUGUGAGAUCGAGGCUCGGUACACAGUCACACGAUCUUCAAGAACAUCACACGAGGAAGUACCUUGUCCUAAAAAGACAUUUGAAAGUUUACAACCAAAAUCAGAUGAGAUGUCAGAAAAUGUACUUCCUAGUAACAAGAGUUCUUCAAAUAAUGAUACAGAGAUUUUUUCAAAUAAUAAGCAUCACGGAACUUUCAAUGAAACUAAAUCUAAAGAUCUUAGGCGAUCACCGAGAUUAAAGAGCUCAAGUUCUGGCAAUAUAAAAAAUGAAAAUUGUGGAGCAGCAUCAAAAGAUUUUGAUGAACGUAAUAAGAGUGAAAAGCAGAAGAAAACUGAUGAGCUCGAACCAGUUGAAACAAAUCCUCUUGAAGACAUUGAUGCUAUGGAUCUGAGUGAUAGCGACUUUCCAGAUGAGAUUACUUCUCCAGGAGAUGAAAUGCAGAAAGAAGCAGGGCUGGGUUAUUCGUUCUUGCGUAACUCUCGAAUAAAUAAUUAUAUUAAUGCCUCCAAGCGAGUGUUCAGUAACUCUUCGAAUGAGACUGUCAGAAGGUCACAAAGACUGCGGGUUAAAAAGGAUGCAUGCAGUACGGAUAGUGUUUAUUUAUCAAAUAGGAGCAAGAAAAAUGUUAACAAGGUUAAUGCAGGCGAUAAAACUAAACACAAACUAAUCUAUUCAAAUUGCGGAAAUAGUACAGAAGGAAACAGUUGUGUACGACGCAGAGAUGAUCUUCCAUCAAAUAUUGAUUUUCACAAAGGUGAAGUACUGAAGGAAAUAAACACAAAUUCUUCAUUAAUUAUCUCGACUUCUGUAGAUAAAUAUUCUUUAACCAAAUAUAAUUCUAAUGUAAAAAAUGUGUCCGUAAAUAAAGAAAAUUGUGUAAAUGAAAGGGGACAACAUUCAGUUGCAGACAUACAAGAAUCACACCUUGCAAUUGAUGGCUGUUCAGAAGGUUGUUUCCUAGAAAAAGAAGGCCAGAUAAAACAAACACUAAACAAUGGAAAAGUUUAUUAUAGAGAAGCACAACAAACCUUUCCUGAUGCCUCUGAAAUUUCUGAAGCCAAGGAAAAUGUUGUUCUUGGUCAUCAAGAGACAGUCAGUAAAGCUGAAAUCUUGAAAAGUGCAUCAUAUUUUACUAAGCCUGGAACAUCGGUAGAGUUUAAUGCACCUGUUAUGAGCCACCUUGCACCAUCUGUUAUGAGCAACCUUGCACCACCUGUUAAGUUUUUGAGCACUGAUAAAUGUUUAUCACCUGUUACUUCUGAUGUGCUUAUGGAAGGCCAAGUACCUGUGAAUUCUAAUGAAUUUAAUAACACUCGAGUACAAAUGAACUCUAUUGAGAUUAUGGGGAUCCAAGAACCAGCUAAUUCUCUCUUAUCAAAAGAAAGCAAAACUCUUCUUAAAAAUGAAAGUGUGUGUAGUGUUGCUCAGAUAAUUGUUGAGUCUGAUCUAUCCAAUAAGGGUUUUAAUGAUAGCACAACAAAGCGCACUGAAAUACCUAUUAAUCCUCCUGCAUCAGCUAAAUUUAAAACUCCAGUUCACCAGCAAGCAACAGGCUCUUCCAUGAUCCAGAAGCCUGAAACUUGUUUAAGGUCUCCAUUCAGCGAGAAUAAUGAGAGUUACAGUUUUCUUUCAACUCAAGAGAAAAUGGAGUUGUCGUCUUGGGGACUGCCUGAUGCUGUAUUGCAGUGUUAUCUGAAAAAUGGAAUCAAGACAAUGUUUCCUUGGCAAGCAGAGUGUUUGAGCCUGCCAAAUGUUCUUGAUGGAAGAAAUCUUGUUUAUUCUGCACCUACAUCUGCUGGCAAGACCCUCGUAGCUGAGCUGUUGCUUCUCAAAAGAGUGGCAGAAAGUGGCCGCAAAGGAGUCUUCAUCCUUCCUUUUGUAUCGGUAGCACGGGAGAAGAUGUACUACCUACAAAAAAUGUUUGGCGUUGCUGGGAUUCGUGUUGAAGGCUUUAUGGGUUCCCAUAGUCCACCAGGAGGAAUGAAAGCUACAGACAUUGCUGUUUGUACUAUUGAAAAGGCUAAUAAUCUAGUGAACAGAUUAAUGGAAGGUAAACGCAUGAAUGAACUUGGUAUAAUUGUGGUUGAUGAGUUACAUAUGUUGGGCGACUCUCAUCGAGGAUAUCUUCUAGAAUUGCUCCUCACCAAGGUCAUGUUUGUGUCCAGUCUCUCCAGAAGCAGUAAAAUGGAUGAAAAUGGUAUUCAAAUUGUUGGAAUGUCUGCCACACUGCCGAACCUGCAACUGCUGGCGAGUUGGCUAGACUCGGCAUUGUACAACACAGACUUCAGGCCAGUACCACUCUCAGAGAGAGUUAAGAUUGGCAGAGCUGUGUAUGACUCCUCAAUGACUAAAGUGAGGGAAUUAGAUCCUCUGUUGACUGUUAAGGGUGACAGUGAUCAUCUGAUUCAGCUGUGUCUUGAGACUGUAUUAGAGGGCUUUUCUGUUCUCGUCUUCUGUCCAACUAAAGCGUGGUGUGAGAAAUUGGCAGAGUCUGUUGCAAGGGAAUUCUUCAAUAUUGGAAAGGCAAACAGCCCAUAUCCACCUGAGCUCAGCGGGAAAUUAAGAGAUUGCUUGGACUCAACCGGCAUAGGGAGGGUAAUGGAAGCUCUCCGUAAAUGCCCUGUUGGAUUGGAUGACAUUUUAGCUCGAUCUAUUUCUUUUGGAGCAGCUUUUCAUCAUGCAGGUUUAACCUUUGAUGAACGUGACAUUAUUGAAGGAGGAUUUCGUACGGGGUCAAUACGCGUUCUCAUCGCCACCUCAACUCUGUCUUCUGGAGUCAACUUACCUGCAAGACGGGUUAUCAUCAGGUCACCUGUCUUUGGUGGGGUCAUUCUUGACAGUCUCACCUACAAGCAGAUGAUUGGUCGAGCUGGCCGAAAAGGCGUUGACACUGAAGGUGAAAGCAUCUUAAUUUGCAGAGAAGGAGAAACUCAUAAAGCCAAGCUUCUCCUGAGUUCUACACUUCAACCCAUUACCUCUUGUCUUCAAUGUGAUGCAUAUCUCACCACUAGCAUGAAGAGAGCAAUAUUAGAGGUAAUUGUCAGUGGUGUAGCAAGCACUUCACAUGAGGUUGACAGCUACUGCAAGUGUACACUCCUGGCUGCUUCACUUCACACCGCUGCUGAAGGCUCCCAACCAAAUUCGCAGAAUUCCAUUGUCAGCUGCAUUGCCUUUUUGGAGGAGAACGAGUUUGUCAGGUUACAAGAGGUUGAAGGCACCGUACGAUACAUUGGGACACAGCUGGGAUGUGCAGUACUUGCCUCAGGCCUCUCCCCUGAUGAAGGCCUGCAUGUAUUUAGUGAACUUCAUCGUGCCAGACAGUGCUUUGUAUUGGAAAAUGAACUUCAUAUUAUUUAUCAGGUAACACCUGUGUAUGUCAGUUCAGCAUGGCCAAAUCUGGACUGGUUAUCAUUUCUCAGUAUUUGGGAAAGCCUGAGUGAAGACAUGAAGAGGGUGGCUCAGCUGGUGGGUGUGGAGGAGAGCUUCAUCGUGAGGGCCAUGAAGGGCACUGUCAACAAGAAGUUGCAGCGUCAAGCCAAGCAGUUGGCUGUGCAUCAGAGAUUUUAUACAGCUCUUGCCCUUCAUGAGCUUGUUCAUGAGGUGCCGCUCAACACUGUGGCCAGGAAGUACGGUGCCGCCCGAGGGAUGCUUCAGUCUCUCCAGCAAACAGCUUCAACAUUUGCUGGCAUGGUCACUGUGUUUUGUAAUCGCCUUGGGUGGUAUAAUCUAGAGCUACUUGUUGCUCAGUUUCAAGAUCGUCUGCACUUUGGAAUUCAACGGGAACUUUGCGACUUAGUCCGCUUGUCACACGUCAAUGGCCAAUGCGCUCGAGACCUGUAUAAUGCAGGUCUGGAGACGGUCAACUUGGUAGCUCAUGCUAGUCUUCAUGAUGUAGAGAAUAUAUUACGUUCUGCAUCUCCAUUCCACAGCAACAAGAUGGGAGAUAACGAGACUCGUUCAGAAGGCACCAUCUGGUUAUCGUCUGGUCGUCCCCUUACUGAAGCUGAGGCGGCUGCCCUCAUUGUUGCUGAAGCUCGGCAGUUAGUACAAAAAGAGCUUGGUAUAACUUCAGUAGACUGGACACAGAAGGCUCAAGGAGUUACUACUCCAGGAAGAAAGCCUCCAACACAUUCUCUUGGCUCAAACUCUGCAAAUCGUAAAGUUCUUAUUGCAAAGAAAAGGAGCUCAACCUCGCCUAAUCUCAUAUUGCAUUCUACUGCAGCAAGAGGAAGACACAAGGUUUCUUCAUUGGUUGUGGACUGUGAAACCAAUUCAAUUUCAAAACUAGUAGGUGAAGUAAUACCAGGUAAACGACCAUCUCCACAAUUAUCCACCCUAAGGAGAAAGUCAAAAUCACCAAAAAUUUAUAUUCACUCGGGAAUGGCGACUGGAAAAAUGUCGCCCAAAAGCUGUAAACAAGACAAAGUAAAUUUUGGAAAUUGUGUUCCACUGCAGCUUCCUGAUGAACAAGUAAAUAAUGUGGCCAAGAACUCUCCUAGUCUAAAUAUGGUGGAAGAUUUACUUUCUCAUGUUAAAGCUUCAGAAAUUGAAUCCGGAAAACAAAAUAGAGUUGAAUCAGUAAAUGAAAUUGCAGAAACUUUGGAAAAUAAUAAGAAAGCUGAAGAAAAUGAUAGUGACAAUAUUUUAAGAAAUGGGGGCCAAUCAGAGGAGGAAUCAAGUGAUGAUAAGAACCAAGCAACAGCCUGCUGUAAACAAGGGAGAGAGAUAAUAGAUAUCAAAAGUAGGUUAAGAAGUAGAACAAAAGGUAUUGAAGGUGAGGAUGCUGGCCAAAGUGGUAAUACACAAAUGGAGGUGAUAAAGAAUGCAAACAUAAAUGAAGGUAAAAAUAUUGAUAGAAAGAAGCUAUUUAACAGAAGUUCAAUAAAUAAUGACAAGAGCUGCAUGAAAAAGAACUCUGCUAUUGCUGGGCUAUUAUUUAGAAGACCUAAAGCACAGAACAGAAAUAUAGAGAUGGAAAGCAGAAGCAAUGAUGGCAGAUCAUUUUGUAUCCCUGAAUCACAGGAAGAUAAAUCUGACAAUAUAUUCUCCCCAAAACGACAUCAAAAUCUAAAAAGUAAAUCUGGACAUGUGAAAGAAGGAGCACAGGACACAACUAACAUACAACAUGAUAAAAGUGAGGUCAAGAGUACUCGGUCAAAGAAUAUUUCUGGAUCUUGUAGAGAGAUUACGUCUGGGAGCAAGUUAAGGGCAGCACGUGAGGACAUCGGUAACAUGGAAAUGGAUCAUGUCGGUAAUAUAAACACGAGUACACCCAUUGUUGAGGGACACAAGAUGUUUACACCUGUUUCUGCCACAACACCCAUUACCAACUCAGAUUCUAAGCUUGUGACAGCAUCAAUACUUCAUCACAUGGCUGGAGACAUGACAAAUGAUGCUAUUACCAACUUGAGCUUGAAUGAUUUGCAAUGCCUUGGUGUAACUUGUGAGGAAGAAGUUCAAGUGGCAAAUGAGGUCAUUAAAAAUAAAGACGAUAGUGAUAUGUUUAGUGAAAGUAAUGAUGUAGACAACUCUAAAAAACUUUCUAGAGAUUCGUCCAGUGUAUCUGAAAAUGCUGCUGAAACAGAAAUUAAUAAAGCUAUAUCAGAGUCUAGGGAUUUUCCAACAAAUAUUACUCGUCAUGUAACAAAAAUAUGCCACAAUGUUGAAAAUUUUGGUUUUCUUUCCGAAUCACAAAAGGUUGACUUUUUAAAAACAAUGGAUUUAUCAGAUUUUAAUUCAGGCUCAGAGAAUGUGUCAUUUGAAAAUAAUCAAGACAAAAAAUUAAAAACAGAGACAAAAGUUAUUGACAUGUGGAAGAGAGAACAAAAUUGGGAUUGUGCAAGAGAGGAACGAGUUUCAAGUAAAGAUAGUCCAAAUGGUGCCUUCACAAGUUACUCUGAUGUACCGGAAGAAAAUAGCAUCCUAGAUCACACUUUGGAUUUAAAAAGAAAAUUGCUGGAGGCACCUGAAGUUUUAAUAAAAAGCAAAAAGAGAUCCCCACAUAACAAAAGUUCUUGUCAACUGGAUUCCAGUUCAGAUAAUUUUGUAACUCAUAGCAGAUUGAAAGAUCCAGUUGAGGUUUUAAAAGAGAGAAAUGAAAAAUCAGUUUAUGAAGCUUGUUCAGAGGAGUUUAAUUUCACAUGUGAUAUAAGUUUAAGCCAAGAGAGAAUAUUAGAGGACACUGAAAUUAAUAGUCUUAGAAGGGCACAAGAUGAUAAUAAUUUAGAUGGCUCAUAUUUGCAGUCAGUUUGCCAGCAAAGAAGCUUGUUAGAAAAUUCUAACAAAACUUCAAUAGAGAGAUCAAAGUUGAAUAAUAGCAGCCAUUCAUCAGAAUGUGAUGAUAAAGAAUCUACAAGUCAGAAUCACUCUGAUGGAGAUUUGAAUCAAAAUAUUUGUGAGAUUAUGGAACUGGAUGAGAACAGUGACAGGAAAAACACUGACACACUUUCAGACUCGUUUCUUGACAGAGCCUUUGAGAGUUACCUUCAUCUGUCUACAUCAAGUGAGGAAACUGGUAAUGAUGAGCAAAAUAAAUCUCUUGAGCAAGAUAAGAUAGAGAAAAAUAGUGAGCAAGUGGAAGAAAAUCGAAUAACUUAUAAAUCUCUAGAGCAGAAUGAAAAUGUUUUCAAUGAUUUGCAAGAUACUAAGAAUGCAUAUGAAGGUAAUGCUAAUGCCUUAAAAUUAAAUUGCUUAAGUGCAACGUUCAGUCAACUAGAUAUUACACUUGGCACAGAAGCUUUGAUAGAUGGAAAACCAAAAGAAUAUCCUGAUAUACUCGUACAAGAUGAUUUGCAGCUUAAAGAUAACCAAGUUUGUCGUACUCAAUGCAGCAAAGACAGACUGUCCGAUGAUUUGUUUGCAACGCCUACGUUGCCGAACACAAAGCAGUCUCAGAGGAAGCUAAAUAAGGCAAAUCGGGAAAAAAGCAACAAGAAUAAAGCGUGUAGUAAAGCAUCAUUAGGAAAAUUGAAUUCCCAAAGAUCCUCAUCACCACAUGGAAGCUCUCAUUCUUCUGAUAAUAGAGAUGACACAGUUGUUCCAGAGAGGAAUGGAAAUGUUAUGGAUGCAAAUGUACCAAGUAAUAUUUCAUCAGUGAAAAGCUCAUUCUGCAUCAUCGAUGUUGUAAAUGAUUCUAAAUUAUUUAAAAGUUUCAUAAAAGAGUGGGAUGAACAAAAGAUUUCUGCAAUUAGUUUAGCAUGUGAAAAAGCUCCAGCCCAACGCAGUAAAGGAAGCAUUGGCUGGCGAAUAGCUGGACAUGGUCGCACUCCACGACGCAGUCAGCGUCCCCAAGAAGUUGCAGGAUUGGUGGUUGAAAACUCAGAUUUGCUUAUUGUGGGCAUUGCAGUUUGUUGGGGAGGACAAAAUGCUUAUUAUAUUAACUUACGUACUGUCCAGGAAGAAGCCAUCAGUAAUAGUUUUCCAACACCUCCCCUAAGAGCAGCUGUUUCACUUGAAGACAGAGUGGAGUGCAUAAAAAACUUCAUUAUAAAAGUAGGACAAAACAAGAAGUAUGUUCUCUGUGUAUGGGAUGCCAAGACCUGUGUGCGACUGCUGGCGGCUGCAGGCCUGGGCUUCCUAUCAUGUCCAGUUGAGGAUCCUAGAGUGGCGGCCUGGAUGUUAGAUCCUGGGAAAAAACAACUUAAUAUAUUUAACCUAGUGACAAACCACAAUGUGGAAAGUCUUCCGAUUUUGGAACAAUUUGGCAGUUCGCGGAGCUUGUCUGGUCUUGGAGUAAACACUAAUAAUCCUGGGUCGUGCCGUGUUCGAGCAGCCACAGAAAGUGUAGUCGUGUAUCACCUUAUGGGAGCACUCAAAGACCAGCUGGAAAAACUUGGGAUGCUGCUGUCUUUCAAAGAGGUUGAGAUGCCAAGUGAGGUGACACUAGCAGCCAUGGAGCUUACCGGGAUGGGCCUCAACACUCGGGACUGUGAGGCCCAAAAAUGUGUAAUGCAGGCACAACUGAUUUCACUGGAGAGAGAGGCAUAUUCUAUUGUUGGUCACCCAUUCUCCCUUACUUCAAGUGACGAGAUUAGCCGGGUGUUGUAUGGGGAGCUUCAUCUGCCAUCUCCUGAUGGGCCUGGCACUCCUCUCAGAGGAAGGAGAGGUCGAGGUGCUAGAGGAGGUCGGGGAAGUAGAGGAGGUCGAGGAAGUCGUCUCAGUGGACCAACCAACAAAGAGGCUCUGGAAAAACUCUCAAAAAUUCACCCUCUUCCUGCAGUCAUUAUUCAGUGGCGAAGGAUAAAUGCCUCCCUUACCAAAGUUGUGUUUCCCCUUCAGGCAGCACGUGUUUACUGUUGCCGUUUGGCCAUGGACCGCAUCCAUUCACUUACCUACAGUUUCACUUCUACAGGCAGAGUCACCAUGCAUGAACCUAACUUGCAAAAUAUUCCAAAAGAUUUCAGUAUUCAGGUGACUGCAGACAAAGCUGGGGUAGGUACCACUGUACCAAGAAAGCAGCGGCCCCUUGUAAACUCUGCCAUCAUGACUCAAUUGGCUCCCCUCUUGGAGACAGGAGACUGUGAGGAGCAUACAGUGAGUAUCCGCCACUUAUUUGUGGCCCGGGCCGGCAGCGUCCUCCUUGCCGCAGACUACUCCCAACUGGAAUUAAGGUUACUGGCUCAUCUGGCAUCUGAUGAGAAGCUUCUACACUUGUUGAACAGUGGUAAGGACGUGUUUACAAUGAUUGCAGCAGAGAUCCACGCGAUGAGUCCUGAGGAGGUGAUGCCAAAUCAGCGGCAGCAGGCCAAACAGAUUUGUUAUGGUUUGAUUUAUGGCAUGGGUGCCCAGGCCCUUGGUGAGCAGCUGGAUGUGGAUGAGGAGGAAGCUCUUUCUUUUAUGAACAAAUUCAAGAGUCGUUUUCUUGGAGUUCGACAAUUCAUUCGCUCGACCAUUGAGAAGUGCCGCAGAGAGGGCUAUGUUCUUACCCUCAUGGGCCGUCGCAGAUAUCUUCCCAACAUCACCAGCCAGGAUUUGCCUACUCGAGCUCAGAGUGAGCGACAGGCUGUCAAUACAACAAUACAAGGCUCUGCAGCAGACCUAGUCAAGUUAGCUAUGGUGAGGAUAGGCACAGCGCUACAACAAGCAUUCCCAACUGCACCCGUCUACCUCACACAGCCAACUAACAACAGGCAGGAUAUUAGUGGUGCCUUUCUCGUGUUGCAACUCCACGAUGAACUUAUAUAUGAGGUAAUAAGCGAAGAUGUGAUUCAAGUAGCACAGUUGGUUCAGCGCCACAUGGAAGGAGUCCAGCAGUUGGCCGUGUCUCUGCCAGUUAAGAUCAAGAUUGGCCCAUCGUGGGGAACUAUGCAAACACUCAAUCUCUGAACACUUUCAUCUGUACUUGUGAAGAGGUUUAGGUUGUGUGUGUGUGUGUGUGUUCAUCGAGCAGAUAAUAUCCUUCAAGGCGCGUAGAUUACUCACCAACAACACUUAUAUUUAACUGGUGAAAUCAAUAUCUUAAAGGCUUUGGGAAAGAUAUUAUUGUUAGGUUAUUAUGAACCAAGUUUGUAUGAUAAAAUUUAAAAAAAAUAUUUAUAACCUGAUAUCUGUAUUUGCGGUGUACUGGUGUAUGUUUUCCCAGUCUCUUGAUAACAUUCACGACUGGUUUAGCUUGCAACCUUCAGAAUAUAUAGGUGACUGUCACACAUACACUGAAGGCAUUGAGUAUGUUACUUGCUUAGAACCAUCAGUCCUUGUAUGUAUUUACAUAAAGUAAUUUUAUCAGUAUAAUAUUUAAUGUUUUUAAAUGUUUAUUUUACUUUUUUAUCAAUUUACUGUUAGACAUGUUGUUAUAUUUCAUAAUAAUACAGUACAUCAAAUCAAGUUUACAAAACUGUGAAUGCAAUAUGAUAAAGUUUUUAAUCAUGUGUAGAUGAUAGACAUAGAAAUAUUGAACAAUAUCUUAUAUCAUCUUAUUGCAAGACAUGUAAUAUACUGUGUAUGUAUGUGUGUAUAUAAAGAGAUGCAAAUAUAUUUUAUCUGUGUAUAGUGAAAAAAGAGGAACAUUCUUAAAUUUUAAGAUUUUAUUGGUUUUAAGUAAUAUUUUAAUUCAGUGUUUUAUAUAUUACAGUUUUGUAUAUGUAUUUGUCAUUAAAGAUUUCAUUUUA